AUGUCCAUACGCAACCCAGACAUGCUAAGCGAUGAAUAUUGUAUUCCCUGGAACUCUCCUGGAUACAACAUAAAUAGACUCGUUGUAGGAUGUCUAUCGGUUUCACUUUCUUCUCCUUUGUCUUCCCUUCGCACAGGUCUUUUUCUUUCCACACAUCGCUGUUAUCAUAAUUCAUACUAUAGCGAGCGCUGCUGGAAUCAUACAAGAUUACAACAAUGCAGAACUGAUAGAUACUCGAGAAAAGACACGUAUUCUAUUGGCAAAGGAGCAAACACGGCACAUCAAAGGCCUCGUUUUUCUUUUUCUACAGUGGAACUGAAUACACCCUGUUUCGCAACUGGGUUUCCGAAGCAGAUAUCUUCCCAAGUGGGUGGACGUGUACUCAGACACGAGUGAGUGGACGGUGGGAUUGAUUUGUUUCUCAUUCUGAUCCAUGUGUUCUCACUUUCCCGCGUAUUUGCUAUAUACCCGCUCUUUUGGACAAU